GUUAAUUUCCAGGAUAUUACAUUUCAAAUGGGCGGAGAGUUGAGGACGUUUCCUCUGAGCCUGGAAGCUCACAAUGACAGAGUCUGUUCGACAGAGCAACAUGACACAUUCUAGCUGUUUUAUAUGGAUUUUCUUCUCAUCAUGGGGUAUAAUUGCCGGUAAUGUGGAGAAUCUUCCUCAUGUGAUAAAGUACCAAACAGCGACACCUCAGAGGCUGCAGGCUACGCCUCUUUCAAGCGAUGCUGCUGCUGCACACAAGAUAUACCCAGAUGUAGUUCAGUACUCUGUGAGCAUUGCUGGGAAAAACUACACUCUGCACCUGGAGAAGAACAAAAAUCUUGUUGGAAAAAGCUUUACUGUGACCUCCUAUUCUGAUCAGGGUACCCAAGUUUCAACUACCUCUGAUCAUGAGGUCCACUGCUACUACCAUGGACAUGUUGUGGGAGUAGAGGACUCAUCUGCCAGCGUUGGGUUGUGUUCAGGAAUAAAGGGCUUCAUUGCUCUCCAAGACCAGAUUUACCUCAUUGAACCCCUGCCUGGUGAGGAGACAGGACAGCAGGAUGGUGCUCACAGUGAUGGUGAUCUGCAUGCCGUCUACAACUACAAACACCUGAGGAGGAAGAGGAGCUCCUGUUCCCAUGGAAACACAUCCACUUUCUACGACCACGGAGCUCGUCCGUCUGGACUCUUCCAGCUUGGCAGUCUGAAAAGCAGAGUCAAGACUAAAGACCAUAAAAAUAAACCCAGGACUGUGGAGCUUGCAGUAGUAGUGGACAACACAGAGUACAAGAAGUUUGGUAACAGGAAGGAUGUAGAGGCCAGAGUGCUUGAAGUAGCAAACCACGUGGACAAGUUGUAUCGCCCCGUGGGUGUUCGGGUGAUGUUGGUCGGUCUGCAUAUCUGGUCGUACAAAGAUGAGAUCGAGGUCAGCACCAACCCUGAGGUCACUCUUAGUCGAUUUCUUGAGUGGCGUCAGCGGUACCUGCUGCCGAGGACCAAACACGACAAUGCACAGUUCAUUACAGGUGUGGACUUUGAGGGCUCCACUGUUGGAUUAGCAAACACUAAUGCAAUGUGCACCUCUAACUCUGGAGCUGUCAACGAGGAUCAUAACACCAAUUCAAUAGGAGUGGCAUCAACCAUAGCACAUGAGAUGGGUCACAAUCUAGGUUUGUCCCAUGACACAGAGAACUGUGUAUGCGGCUUCCUGGCAUCAAAGAAAGGCUGCAUCAUGGCUGAAAGUGUCGGCCUUGUGUAUCCCAUGCAGUUUAGCAGCUGCAGUCAAAUGCAGCUUAGCAGGUUCCUGGAGGAGGUCAAUCCUGCAUGUCUGCUAGAUACUCCCUCCACCGAUCGCAUCUAUGGAGGGCCAGUAUGUGGAAAUGCCUUCUUAGAGCCUGGAGAGGAGUGUGACUGUGGCACUGUGGAGGAAUGCAAGAAUCCCUGCUGCAAUGCAACAACCUGCAAGCUGAAUGCAGGAGCUCAGUGUGCAGAAGGAGAGUGCUGCCACAAAUGCCAACUGAAGCCGACAGGCAGCAUCUGCCGGCCAAAAGCCGGAGACUGUGACCUGGCAGAAUACUGCACGGGCCUUUCUGCAGCCUGUCCGACUGAUGUGUUCACCCAAAACGGCCGGCAGUGCAACAGUGAGAGAGGAUACUGCUACAAUGGGCAGUGUCCAUCACGGCAAGAUCACUGCAAGAAACUUUGGGGACCAGAAGCUGAAGUCGCCAUAGAGGCUUGUUUCAACAACUAUGGAACCUGCAGAAGGUCACUGUUAAAUAAAAGAUGUUCCAUUCGGGAUCAAUCUUGUGGAAAACUUUUCUGUUCUGGAGGAUGGGAGUUUCCAGUGACAUCCAGGAAAUCCUUUUACAAAGUAGGAAACAGAAUAAUUUGCAAUGAGGCAACCAUGAACCCUGAGGACAACUACCCGUCCGAUCUGGGCAUGGUGCCUACUGGUACCAAGUGUGGCAACAAUAUGGUAUGCUACAAUCAAAAAUGUGAAGAUAUCAAAAACAUUAGAGUAUAUGGAACAAAUGACUGUUCAUCCAAAUGUAACAACCGUGGGGUAUGCAACCAUGAGAGUAAAUGUCACUGCAGUCCAGGCUGGGCUCCCCCUUUCUGUGCUGUACAGCAGUCAGAGCAGACUGAAGAGUCAGGUCUGGCUGUUGUCAUUGUGUCAGUGGUGGUUGGCUUACUCCUGCUACUGGUUCUGCUUAUUGGGAGUCUGAUGUGCUUCAUCAGAAAAAAGACACCGGAAAAAAGGUUUCUUCCCGUGACCUCAGGACAAUCUAACCCAGUGUUUCAGUCAAGCACCAAGCAAAGCAGUUUUCGCCUUGCGUCCACACACAUCAGCCAGCCUACAUUUUUGGAGUCGUCUGUUUCUCAGCCCUGUAAACCUCUGCUCUCUGCUGCUGUCAAGCCACAGACUGGAGCUCUGAAGCCUUGCAGAGCAGCUCCAGAGCCUCCCAAAAAAGAAUCAGACGUAUCUCACUUAUCAAAGGCUCACCAGGUUGCAAGGACGUUCAUGCAGCCUCCAAAUGUUUCAAAGGUGCCAAUUUAUACUGAGACUAAGCCCCUCCCACCUUCUAGGCCGCUACCCCCACUUGCAUCAAAACCAGUAAGUGAUGAUAACGUGAAGCCAAAACCUCCGAUGGUUCCGCUGAAGCCGAAACCCUCUCCAGUCCAGUCUUCCCUGCCACAUACUCAGCUGCUUGGAAGGAGAGCUCCCCUGAUGCCCCCCAGCAGGCCGAGAUGACAGUGGGAAUAAUUCACACGGUGGUAAAUAAUGACAUUCUCUGGCAGAGACUUCAACAGACCAAGAAGAUGCUCUUUAAAGGCGCUUGUCUGUUUUACAUGUGGGAAAAAGACCCACAAGGAAAUCUGUAUAAUGAAGCCAUAAUGUUACAGUCUCCCUGUGGGUGACCUCUUGUCUACGUCCUACCAGUGCCAGUCUUCAGCUGGUGUACCUGAAAUAAUGUUUGACAACACUAAACUUAAGUGCUUAAAGAAAUGACAAAUGCUCCUGCUGCUACAAUGAUGACUGAUUUUAGUGUUAAAGGGAAAUCAUUUACUGUGUUCAUUCCAGGAUUUUCCAGCUUUCUAUAAGGUGCCUGCACUAUCGAUGUCUUUGUUUACACAUAUCCUGGAUAUGACUAGAUUUCUUAGGUGUCAUGGUUGCACAUCCGUUCAUCCAUCCAUCCAUCCAUCCAUCCAUCCAUCCAUUCACCCAUGCCUUGAUAUGGUUCUGUAAUAUUCUGUUUUCAGGAGCUUGAGUAAAAUGUUAUUUUGUUCUGGUGGUAAUGAGGGAUGUGAUGCAAUCAAAAACAUACAUACAUAAAUAAUCAGUUUUCUUAUGUUUCAUGUAAACAGCCUAAAUGGUACAUGAUCUAAACGCAAAGGAAACUUGAUAUAUUACCAAGAACAUAAACGCGCACUAAAUGUUCUUACUCCCUAAUGUGGUUCUGGUACUUCUAUUUUUUAUAAUAAUAUGGAAGACAGACUCACUCUGGCUGAAGAAGACAAAGAAUACUGUCAGAAACUCCUCAGACAGAUUUUCGAUCAAGCAGAAGUUUACAUUAUUUUGUGUUUAAUUUAGAUUACAUUUCCUUUUUCUUUUAUUUAAUGUUAAAUGUUUUUCAAGGAAUUGUCUGAUCGUGAUUCACCACAACAAUAACGGAUUUAUUGGUCAAUUGUGUAGUUUUUGUACAUUUGAGUGUGUUUGCGGUCUUUUAUGGUUGUUUUAUAUUUCAAAUGGUCACUUUAAUGUCUGUUUAUGUUUUUAUGACUGAGGAUAGUUGCCAUUUGUCUAUCCAGUAAAUGCUGUUAAAGAGGUUGUUCUGCAUUGCUUUAAAUUCCUUUGUCCUUUUUUGUUGCUUUAUUUGUCCUUGAUGUGUUUUAAGUGCAUCUCAUUAUGGUAUUUGUGACUCUCAUGUGGGUUUGUAUAUUACAGCAUCAGUGGCAGAGGCCCACCAGUUGCUUUGUAAUGUGCCAUUAAGCACUUCAUGGGCACUUUAUUAUAUUUAUAUAUAUAUAUAUAUAUAUAUAUAUAUAUAUAUAUAUAUAUAUAUAUAUAUAUAUAUAUAUAUAUAUAUAUAUAUAUAUAUAGUUGUUUUAUUUUGUAUUUUGUACCAAUCCGUAGUGUCUGAUGUAUCUGACAUCAUGAUUGUAAUUCUUCCACAAAUAUUUCAAUUAUCCGCAAUUAUGAUACCAGUGGAAAGAUUGUGCCUUCAUUUGUUUUUCAAAGUCUAUCUCACAAUAAAUUACCAAAACUCA